CCCCCGCCCGCCUUCAGGACCUGCUCAGCCCCUCUCCGACUCCCUACAGGGCCUGCUGACUCCGCAGUGCCCUCUCCUCGGCGUCCGCGGAGUCCCCCACCUUCUUCCCGGCCCGCUGGGUGCCUCGACUCCCCGCGUUCCCCGCUGCUGCGAAGGCCGUGGCCCUCGCCUGCACACCGCGCCCAGGCUCGGUGGCUCUCAACUCCGCGCCCCAUGCACGCCCCCUCUCUCCCUCCUUGACUCCUCCCAGCACCCCCCUUCUCCUACCCGCUCCAUCUGGCUUUCUGCCCCCCAUGCUCCGCCUCCCCGUGGCCAGGUGUCCUGGGUCCCCAGGAGCCCCUCGCCCGAGGGACAGAGAGCCCCAGGCAAGUUGAAGGUCCGAGAGCCCCCGGUGGGAGAAGUGGGCCGGUGGCUGCGCCGCGUGCGUUCUCACUCUGAGGAAGUGCGUGGGGAGCCGCUGACUCCGGAUAGCACACCCUUCCGAGGGGACUCCCCGAUUCCUGGGCUGGGGGCCUGCCGCCUGGCCCCACGUCUGACGUACGGGGCGCGAGGGCCACUGCUCCCUGGACUUCUGUCGGAACCGGACGCAGUGGGAGGGGUCGCAGGGCGCCCGCGGGGCAGGAAGGAUGCGGACCGCGCCCACCUCUGAGUCCCCUCUGCCAGCCUCUUCCUCUGGCCCCAGGAGACCUGAGGCUCAGAACCUACACAACACCAGGUUAAGGAGAGGGGCCUGGUGGCCUUUCCUCACCCAGCCGCCCUCCUUCGCCCCUGGCCCCCAGCUAGCCCCCACACAAUGAACAGCUUGUUGAGAAUUUGCAUUUUAUGAAAAUCAUGUUGAAAGACAAAGGGGUCUCUCUGUGCUGCCCAGUCCUUCCUCCCUGGCCGUUUGGGAACUGUCCCCACCCCUGAGGCCAAUCUGGUUCUGAACCUUCUCUUCCUUGCCUUGGGCAGCUUUGGGGGAGGGUUAGCAAAGGCACAGAACAGAAAGGCCCUGGGCUGUGCAGGCUCCAAAGAAAAGGGCUGCUCUGGGACUGGACCUCCUCCCAGGACCAAAAAGUUAGGGAGGGUGAGAGACUACUUUAGUUUAUCAAGGACCCUGAAGAGACAGGAACCUUCAUCUCUCAUCCUUCCUCCACACCCCCCACCACCACCCCUAAAGAACUCCCAAUCUCGGUCCUUUAGUGAGACUUGCUGACAAGUUUGACAUCUAAGAUGUUUUGUCCCAGAAAGCACAAAAUAUAUGGCAAUGGAGAGAGAGACCCAGGUAUAGCUGGGCACAGCUGGUCACCUGCAGCUGGGAUCCACAACUGGUCCUUGAAACGGCCUGUACCUUAGGAGACCUGGCACCUCUGACCCCACAUUCUGGCUGGGAUUGCCAGCCCUUCAGGACAGGGUCCCUGACCCCAGCCCUCCCAAGCCACUGUCUGUAGCUGAGAAAUUAGAUGGAGAGACCCAACUGGCAGAAGGUCCUCGGAGCACCUUGAUAGUGUGGAAACCAGCAAGGGCUUAGAGGUUCAUGGAUCUGGAACCCAGGAGGAUGGUUGUGUCCCUGCAGUCCCAGGUAUGAAGGUAAGGCCUGUAGAGAAAGUUGAGGAGUGGUGCCAGUAGUGGCACUUGGCAAAUAGUUCCACCAGCACCAAAACAGGUGUGGAUGUGGAGCUGGGAAGGGGCAGACAGGAAGUGGGUCGCUGUGUCCAGGGUAGCCUCUCAGUGUCUGCUCAAGGACAGUCCCGCCUUACCUGCUCCUUCUGACCAUCUUACUGCCCAGGGCUCAGGAUUCCGCUGGAAGAAUCUCAGCCAGAGUCCUGAACAGCAGCGGAAAGUGCUGACGUUGGAGAAGGAGGAUAACCAGACCUUCGGCUUUGAGAUCCAGACUUAUGGCCUUCACCACCGGGAGGAGCAGCGUGUGGAAAUGGUGACCUUUGUCUGCCGAGUUCAUGAGUCUAGCCCUGCCCAGCUGGCUGGGCUCACACCAGGGGACACCAUCGCCAGCGUCAAUGGCCUGAAUGUGGAAGGCAUCCGGCAUCGAGAGAUUGUGGACAUCAUUAAGGCGUCAGGCAAUGUUCUCAGACUGGAAACUCUAUAUGGGACAUCAAUUCGGAAGGCAGAACUGGAGGCUCGUCUGCAGUACCUGAAGCAAACCCUGUAUGAGAAGUGGGGAGAGUACAGGUCCCUAAUGGUGCAGGAGCAGCGGCUGGUGCAUGGCCUGGUGGUGAAGGACCCCAGCAUCUACGACACGCUGGAGUCGGUGCGCUCCUGCCUCUACGGCGCGGGCCUGCUCCCGGGCUCGCUGCCCUUCGGGCCUCUGCUCGCCGUGCCCGGGCGUCCCCGCGGAGGCGCCCGACGGGCCAGGGGCGACGCCGACGACGCCGUCUACCACACGUGCUUCUUCGGGGACUCCGAGCCGCCGGCGCUGCCGCCCCCGCCGCCCCCGGCCCGCGCCUUCGGCCCGGGCCCCGCCGAGACCCCUGCCGUGGGGCUGGGCCCUGGGCCGCGGGCCGCGCUGAGCCGCAGCGCCAGUGUGCGGUGCGCGGGCCCUGGCGGGGGCGGAGGCGGGGGCGCGCCGGGCGCGCUCUGGACUGAGGCUCGCGAGCAGGCCCUAUGCGGCCCCGGCCUGCGCAAAACCAAGUACCGCAGCUUCCGCCGGCGGCUGCUCAAGUUCAUCCCCGGACUCAACCGCUCCCUGGAGGAGGAGGAGAGCCAGCUGUAGGGGCGGGGGCGGGCAGGGAGGUAUUUAUUUAUUUAUUCGCAACAGCCAGCGCUAAAAGAGGGGGAGGCCGAGCCAAGAGGACCCCAGGAGCCCAGAGCAGCGGGAGAGGGUCCUUCCUAGCCUCGGCCCGCCGGGUCGGUUCCUGGCUGGUGUCUGCUGAGGGAGUGGGGGGCCCAGCCCCUUCUCUUCUCCCCCGCCAAACCACAGUGGGAGCUGGGGCAGGGGGAGAACCAGGCAAUCGGGGGCCAAAGAUGGGGGUGCUCGCCUACAGUCUGCAUCUGUAGUGCCUUGUGGGGUAUCCAGGAACACCCUCCCAGCAGGGGAUGGGAACCCUGUCCCAUGAAGCCCUCUCCUCAGCUUUACUUGCUCCCCCGCCCUUAGCCUUGGGGAGAAAUGGCCUGUGGUGGGCUGACCCCCCACCCUCCACACACACAGUUCCAUGACCCAGCGGGCCCCCAGGGGCAUCAGGUGCUGGUCCUCCUCCCUCCUGGCCUCGACCCCUAAGGGCUUCGCCCCUCCCAGGGGCCUGUAACUAAGUCGGGUCCUGCCAGGCAGGGGGCCUGUGUUCUGUGCCCCUUGGGAGACAGGAACUGGCAGGUUCAGGUGGGGUGGGGACAGCACAGACUGUUCCACCGUUCUGCAUAUUGUUGCUUCUGAACCACAAACUGUAUAAAUGGAUGGUUUUUUGCA